UGAGGAAAGCCAGCGCUGAGAGCGGGGACAGAGUUCUUGUCCCCUCCGCUCUGCAGGCCGGUUUUGCUGUUGAGUGAGCCCGUGGCCGUGGAGCGGGCGCCGCGAMUCUCGGCGGCGCUGGGAAGAUGAGCCGCGGUGCGGGAUGUGAUUCUGGGCACCGYGAUUCCCUGUCUCUCGCUUAUUGCGGUAAAACACGCUGAGGAUACCUGUGGCGGUGUGAAGCAAAAAGUAUGGGACAGCUGAUCGGAAGGACAAGCCUGGCUUGUUUUCUGCUUUUCUUUACUGGCUGUCAUGACUUACAAGGUGUAAACGCCAACAGCCAGCCCUGCUUCUCGGGACGCAGGAAUGUGGUGAAGAUGCCUCCGAGAGGCAGAGACCGGGCUUUAUCCUCAGAAGCACCUUUUUCCCUGUGGGCUCCAUUCAUUUACAAAAGGCAAGGACUGGACAACCUGUGUGGUUAGGUGGCAGUAAGGAAGGCGGGAACUUGGCCAUGGGGYACGCCAGAAGCUGGGUGUUGCUGAAUGAAAGCGACCCUGCCCCGUGGCAGGCUGUCAGCAGAGCUCUGGAGAUGAGGAACGCCUCGGCCGGGCAGAUGGUGUGGCCGGGCGGGAAUGGCAGCGAGCCGGGCGCCGCCGGGAGCGAGGAGCGCGGCGAGGAGCAGAGCUACCGGCACUUCACCACCACCGUGCAGGUUGUCAUCUUCGUGGGCUCUUUGCUGGGUAACAUCAUGGUGCUGUGGUCAACUUGCAGAACAUCGCUGCUUAAAUCUGUAACAAACCGAUUCAUUAUGAAUUUGGCCUGCUCGGGGAUCUGUGCCAGCCUAGUCUGUGUGCCUUUUGACAUUGCUCUUAGUGCCAGUCCACACUGCUGCUGGUGGCUCUAUACGAUGCUCUUCUGCAGAAUUGCCAAGUUUCUGCAYAAAGUCUUCUGCUCAGUGGUCAUCCUUAGUUUCCCAGCCAUUGCUCUUGACAGAUACUACUCUGUUUUAUAUCCUCUGGAAAGAAAAAUAACUGAUGCAAAAUCCCGAGACCUKGUUAUCUAUAUUUGGGCCCAUGCAAUAGUGGCCAGCAUUCCUGUAUUUGCUGUGACCAAUGUGUCUGAUAUUUAUGCCAUGUCCACUUGCUCUGAAUCUUGGAGUUACUCCCUUGGCCACCUGAUAUAUGUCAUCAUYUAUAAUAUCACCACUGUGAUUGUACCAGUGGCUGUGGUAUUUCUCUUUAUGAUUCUUAUUCGCAGAGCACUGAGCGCCAGCCAGAAGAAAAAAGUCAUCAUAGCUGCAUUAAGGACCCCUCAGAACACAGUUUCUAUCCCAUAUGCCUCGCAGCGUGAAGCUGAGCUCCAUGUCAUGCUGCUUUCUAUGGUUAUGAUAUUUAUUUUCUGCAGUGUCCCCUAUGUGACGUUGGUGAUUUACCGUACCAUACUCAAUAUUUCAGAUAUUUCAGUCUUCUUGCUCCUCACUGCUAUUUGGUUGCCCAAGGUGUCUUUGCUGGCCAACCCUUUGUUAUUUUUAACUGUUAACAAAUCUGUACGGAAGUGCUUAGUGGGGACAAUAGUACAGCUGCACCGCAGGUUUAGCAGGAGAAACAUUGUCAGCUCCGGUGGUAUUGCAGAUGACAACCUGGAGCCCAGUGUCCAUUCAGGAAGCCAGCUUCUGGAGAUGUUUCAUAUUGGGCAACAACAAAUCUUCAAGCCAACGGAAGAUGAAGAGAACGARACCAAAUCCAUUGGCUCUGGUGACUUUCAACAGAAAGAAAUUCCUACUGUCAAUUUAGAGCUAGGACAGACUUUGGUUCACAGGUUUAUUCCACAGACGAUUGCAGACUCUGCAGCUCAGGUGGCCCCAGCUGUGCCCACAGAAGCUGAUGCAGUAAAUGACAAGUAUUCCAUGCAGUUUGGUUUUGGUCCCUUUGAGCUGCCUCCACAGUGGCUCUCAGAGAACCGAAACAAUAAGAAGCGACUCCUGCCUCCUCUGGGGAAUACCCCUGAAGAGCUAAUCCAGACAAAACUGCCUAAGUGUAAAGCAGAAAGAAAAGUCAGCAGAAACAAUAAAGUCAGUAUCUUUCCCAAGGUGGAUUCUUAGUAAAAGCAGGAGCUUUAAGUGACAGAAGAAGGUCACUUUCUAUUACAUGUGUGAUCCUAUGGAUCUUUAUUAUGUUGAAAUUUGUUACAGCCUGAUUUUUUUGCCAAAUACAAUUUAAAUGAACAAAACAUAUACAUAAGUGUUCCUUAUUGAUAUGAAAUACUUCAUGAAAAUAAUACCGAAAGAUGGAAAUUCAUAGUUUUAUUUCURAAAUCCUUACAAUGAUACCUGAUUAACUUCCAAAAGUACAUAUGGUUUUGGGAACUCUUUUUUAUGGCUGAAUUAUGGAAAUACAGCAGUCAGUUUUCAGGGAAACUUCAUGCUGUAUUUAAAUGGACAAAGUAUCGUAAUUGCCUAUGGAGAGCAGAAGACAUGCAACAUGGGUAAGUCCUACUCUCCUGCAAACAAACACAGCAAGAUUUCAUUAAUGAAGAUGGACUAUUAAGUGCAUUUGUUUUCUGUUAAGCGCAUUUUUAAAAUUUGAUUAGUGUUAAAACUUGCUGGAUUUUUUUGCACAAAUUAGCUAGCAAGCAUCUGCCAAACAUCUUAAGUUUUUUAAAAUCCAAACCAUGUUUUUUGGCUUAAAACAUCCACAAAGUGAAGACUACCCCAAUCAUCAUGUGUGUUAAACCUGAGAAAGACCUCUUUUUAUAAAGAUCCCGUAUACUUGUAGUUUUAAGUAAAAACUGGAUUGGARACCAUGCAGGACAAAUCCUGACUCCAGUUAACAAAUAUAUAUAUGCUAAGAAUCCUGUGAUACAGGGCAUAAAUAAAUGUCCUUAAAGUGUAAUGUAUGCAUUGUGUAAAUAACUAAAGGGUAAGCCUUGAAAUAAAACUUAGCUGCUGGUGCACUCUGCUGUUUUCUUAUGGGAAAGCUAGCAAAUAAAAGAAAUGGAUGUGAAAUGCUAGUAGCCUUUCUCUCUGAGUAUGACAGUCUCAGUUUUUGAGUCUGUCUCUCACACAGAGAGACUCAGAGACAGRGAUUCCAAGUGUUUCAGUGACAACUGAAUUGUUUGGUGAAGAAGCUGGUGACAGACCUCAAAAGGCAAAAGUUUAUUAAUGCUGUUUUUCUAUAUGGCCAGAGGUGGAGAGGUUUUCCUUCUAUCCUCACAGAUACAGACACCAGCCAUCCUGCUCCACUUGGCUCCCAGAGUAAGCCACCCAGUGUAUGAACACAAGACUUUCAAAUCUGGUGCCCAAUUCCUGAGUGAGUCAGAGUCAUGCCAUCCUUGGUAUCAGCACAGCAGCCUUUCUGUGACACUUCAGGCAUUGUGCUGCAGCUUGCCUCCCUGCAUAAUCACACACAUACUGUCUCAUUUAUACUGAACGUGAACUUUAAUUAAACUGUAUCUGUCUGUUAGGUGGCCUAAAACUACUGCAGCCUUGCCAUUUUAAUCCUCACUCACUUGCAAGUAGUCUUUCAUCUGCUCUCACUGUUGUCUCUGUGGGUAGUUUCUUAAAAGGAGUCUCAUAAACUUGUUUACUCUGUGUGGUUUUCCUGUAUUUCAGCCCUUUGCUGCAUGCCAAACCUUUAUCUGUGGUUACUGUCUGUUUAUGAAAGUAGUUUGCUUUAAAGCAUACUUUAAAAGGGAUAAGGUGAAGGAUCUUGACAAAUUCACAGUAACUUAUUAAAUCCAACCAUUUAAUCUUAAAAGUGAGAAAAAAUUCUGCUAGAGCAGAAUGUACCUUUUCUUCUAUUGACAUGUUUGAAGAAAGUCACCAGCUGCUGAUGGCUCCACAGUGGUGGAUUUCUACAAGUCAUUAAAAACAAAUGUUUUAAUAAAAGUGUAUUUAAAGAAAAGUGUAUAAAUYAGUGUGUAAAAUA